AUGUCUCCAGCUCGCAUUGAAGAGACUAUCCAGGAGCCCACGGACUUCUUCGAGCCCAAGCCGGCAAACAAAGCUAUCUUCCACGAUGGCUUCAAGACAUCCGGCCAGCAGGCUCCCAUCUACUCAUUAGUCCAGCCGUAUGAGAACUUCCCCAAGGAGAUCACUGGACCCACGGUGUGGAAAGCCGCGGAGUUUCGAGCCAACCCGGAGAGGUGGACCCAUCACUUCACGGAAGAAGAGGUAGCAGAGAUCAAUUCUGCCGCUGACAGAUUCAUCGAGUCCGGUAUUCCCCUGACAGGCAUCACUAAGGAUCGGUUCCCACUUCCUAAACUUUCCAGCCGUAUGCAGGACUUGAAGAAGAUCCUCGUUGAUGGGCAAGGCUUCUUCCUCUUCAAAGGCCUCCCCGUCACGGCGUGGGGACUCCAAAAGUCGGCUACUGCAUACAUGGGCCUUGGCACUCACCUAGGUUACUUCACCAGCCAAAACAGCCGUGGCCAUGUCCUUGGCCACGUCAAGGAUCUCGGCGAGGAUCCGACUCAGACGGACAAGGUGCGGAUCUACCGGACCAACGCCAGGCAAUACUUCCACACUGAUGCUUCCGACCUAGUCGGUCUCCUCUGCAUGGCCAAGGCCAUGGAGGGUGGUGAGUCAGACAUCGUGUCCAUGCACCACGUCUUCAACAUCCUGCAACGCGACCACCCAGACGUGGCCAAGACCCUGUGCGAGCCCAUCUGGUACCUCGACCGCAAGGGCGAGGUCUCCGAGGGGCAGAAGCCCUGGAUCCGCGCCAGUGUCUUCUACAUGGAGCACGACCCGCAGGGCACGCCUCGCCUGUACGGCAAGUUCGACCCGAUGAACGUCACCUCGCUGGCGAGGUACCAGACGGGGCCCGACGCCCAGGUCCCCCCGGUGAGCGAGGCACAGCGCAAGGCCAUGGACGUGCUCGAGCAGGUCUGCCUUCGGGAGUCGCUGCACAUGAUUCUCGCGCCGGGGGAUAUCCAGCUCCUGAGCAAUGCCCAGGUGUUCCACGCGCGCACGGCAUACAAGGACUACGCCCCCGGCACGAGGGACGAGAACGGUCAGCUCCGGCCUCGGCGCCACCUGAUGAGGCUGUGGCUCUCGGUUCCUCUGGACGAGGGUGGCUGGAAGCUGCCCUACCCUGACGCCAAGCUGAAGAAGCGCGGCGGUAUCCAGGAUAUUCUCGGAUUGAAAUCACACUUUCCUGUGCACGAGUUUGGUAGUUCUAACCAAGCGGCACAGUUCGACCGGGCGGCACCGUGCAAGAUCGGCGCGACGUACAGAGUCAAGUGGUGGGAGAACGCCCUGAGGCGCUACCAGACCGAGUUCCGGUCGACCGGCACCAAAACCGAGAACUUCUGCCACUACUUCUACGAGGCGGGCAAGGGGAGCGGCGCUCUGGUCAACAUCCAGUGCUUUAAGGACGAGUUCAAGAGCGGCAAGAUCAGGUACCUCGUCGACUGGAGCAUCAACGCCUCUCCCGGCGAGUGGCAAGACUACAAGGCGGUGCGCACCAAGGCCUUGGACAAAUGGCAGCUGGCCAUUCAGACCCACGAGCACAAAAAGUGCGUGAUCGAGAAGCCGUGGAAGGCCGACCGGUCGGAUGCCGGCGAGAAGAAGAAGCACACGCGGCUGCCUGGGAUCAAGGACCCGUAUGCGAAAUAG